AUGCUCGAAAAGGAGUUCUGCACCACGCCCACGAUUCACGAGUACGAGUUCGCCCACUACAGGCACCGCCUCCACGGCACCGCCGCCGACGAGGACGGCUCCUCGGCCGAACCAAAGCAUGGCCCGCAGCUGGUGGACCUGCGCGAUCGGGCCCUGCCGCUGGGACUCGCGCGACCGCCGGCCUGUGGGACCGAGCAUGAGGACCAGGGAGGACGCUCGCACCAGGCUGCGUUCGCCCCCGAGGGCAAGGCUUCGGCUGCGAUAGGCCAGGACCGUCGCCCGCGCCAAGACACGGACUCCGAAGAACCGCUGGACUCCGCCUUCAGGGCGCCUGGGCCCGCCGGCCGCAUCAGCCCCGCGGGCGUGGUCAUCGAGCCGUACUACCUGGGCGACUCGGUGACGCAGAUCUCGCCGACGACGUACUCCUUCUCCCGGAGGAGGCGGACAGUCUUGGGGGCGCCGCUGAGCGAAGCGGACCUGACCGCCGUGGCACGGAGGUCGUCUUCGACUACCACGUUCAGCGAGGAGGACUUCCAGAUUAGCUACCACAAGGUACUGGACAGCUCGGCAGCCUCCUGGCUGGGCGAAGGCGAAGACGACGACGUGUUCGGCACCACGCGGUCCCGGUACAGGCAGCGGCGCGACGCAGGCAGCGUCCCGUCGGUGGAGCUUCCCUCGAUCCGGGCGACCCACAAGACCCAGUCGGAGCAGCUGGCCUCGCGAGGCAGCGGCGUCGAGGACGUGGCCGUCCAGCGACCGCGCAGCGAGGACCUCUCGGUGCACGUCCGCGAGACCCCGCGGGCCACCCUGGGCCACCUCGAGACGUCCAUCGUCCGCGGCGCCCUGAAGCGCAUCUACCAGCCGUCCAGGACCGACUCGGAUACAGACAGGCACGUCAGUGCCACGCGCGUCGGCUUCGGGUCGUCUCCUGCAGGCCUUCCGCAGACAACCCAAUCGUCGGUGAAGGCUUGCAGCGAGGACUGCGGCCCAGAAGCGGCUCCCAGUCCUCCGCCCCCGAGUGACUUGCCACCGGUGACGCCGCCUCCCCCGCGCAUGCCUCCCGUCGAAAAGCCGCCGCGAGGCAAUCAUCAUCAUCAGACGUCGGCAGGCCAAGGCGUACCUCGCUCGCCGCCCGCCGUGAAGCUCUUAGAACCGGAAAGACCUUCCGAGGAGAAGCGGGAGUGGGGUAGUCCGACCCCGUCGGGCCUGCCCCAGGGCAAGGAGGCUGCGGCGAGUCGGUCGCGCUCGCGAUCGCCGAAGGUGACGAGAAUGUCUUCGUUCUUGCAAGUGAGUGACUCGAAGCGUCCACGUUAAUGGUCGACUGCCGCGAAAUCCUAUACCGCGUAAAGACCCUAUAGAAGACAGUGUAGACGAUAGAGGAGCCUCCGUGGAAAACUUGACGUGCGAAGUACGAGCGAGAGCGUCACGAAAAGCUGACAAAAAUAGCCGUAUUUGAUACCGAAACCGAAAAAAAAGACGACCGCCGUUACGGUUGGCCCGAAGUGACGCAUAAGUCAGUGCGCGCAGCACCACAACAUGAC